AUGGCUGACUUGCAGGAAACUUCUGGGCCGCGCCGAAGGAUUGGUGAAGGAGAGGACGCUGAGGCUGGAAAGAUCCUUCGAGAUCCAGAAGCAUGGGAAAGUGUACCAUCUCUAACCGACGAAGAGAAAGAAGCACUCGAUAACGAAGUCCGGAACGGGUUUUGGAAGCAACCCAAAGAUCUCCAGGUCACGAUCGUCACUCUCUGUGUUGCAGCUGUGGUCCAAGGCUGGAACCAAACAGCAGCAAAUGGCGCAAAUCUGAACUGGCCACGACAACUGGGACUCAGCGUACCUGAAGGGUGCGAUCCAACCGGUCGCGAUGCCUGGAUCUUUGCCAUCGUCAAUGCAGCGCCGUAUUUCGCUGCAAGUCUUGUCGGCUGCUGGCUCUCGGAUCCCUUCAAUGAAUAUUUCCUUGGCCGGCGACCACCUAUCUGCCUUUCCGGCCUGCUCAUUCUGGCGUCCAUGAUCGGGAGUGCGCUUUGCGAUACCUGGCGACAACUCCUCGCAUGUCGUGUCAUCCUUGGCAUUGGCAUGGGACUCAAGGCAUCAGUCGUACCAGUUUUCGCAGCAGAGGUCGCACCCGCUCACAUAAGAGGCAGUUUGGUGAUGAACUGGCAGCUCAUGGACGCCCUCGGCAUAUUUCUAGGCUUUACGGCCAAUCUUGCCGUAUCGCGGACAGGCGAUGAUGCAUGGCGAUGGCAGACUGCAUCCUCAGUCCUGCCCACCAUCGUCCUUCUCACACUCAUCUUCGUCUGCUCCGAUAGUCCAAGAUUUCUCAUGAAGCGCGGUCCGUUGAAAUAUGCGGCUGCGUACAAGACGCUCCUCAGCCUGCGUGGUCAUCCUAUCUUAGCCGCCAAAGAGCUCCUGUACACCCACUACCAAAUGGAAGUCGAGAAACGCUUUGUGACGGGCAAGAAGACAGAUGCGGAGAUGGGAGCACAUGUCGUCGAGGUGCCAGAACCUGUCGAGGAGAACAAAGGUCGUUUCCGCACGAGAAUCCAUCUCCGUUCUCGCGUUGCUCCUGCUCGAUCUGUCAAUUAUUGGCAGAAACUCGGACAGCUUUUCAGCAACAAGCGCAUUCGCAGAGCUACUGUUGCUGCUGUCGUGUGCAUGAUAUCCCAGCAGCUUUGUGGAGUUAAUGUUCUGGCAUUGUACAGCUCGAAUUUGUUCUGUGACAGUGAAUCGGGGCAAAGCAAUAACAUCAAUGCCGGAGCUUUCUUGACGCCACUCUUCCUCAGCUGGGGAGUCGGACUGAUAAAUUUUCUGUUCGCGUUUCCGGCCUAUUGGCUCAUUGAUCGACGUGGCAGAAGAUGGUUGCUUCUCAUCGCCUUGCCAUUCAUGGCCUUGUCCAUGAUGGCCGCCGCUGUCAGCUACGCGAUUCCAUCGGGACACUCGGCGCACGUUCCAGUGAUUGCUUUCUUCACAUACCUGUUCAUGAUCUUCUAUUCGUUCUCGAUGGGACCGGUACCAUUCACGCUUUCGGCUGAAGUCUUUCCACUGGAGAACCGAGUCGUCGGCAUGUCGUUCGCAGUCUUCUGUAACCUCUUCGGCCUUGGACUACUCACCCUCUUUGUUCCUAUCAUUACAGUCAACAUCGGCCACGGAGGAUUGCUGGGCAUAUUCGCAGGCUUGAACGUGGUCGCAUUCGUGCUUGUGUUCUUCCUAGUCCGCGAGACAUCAGGAGCCACGUUGGGAGCUGGAAGCCUGACUUUCAUGAGUCUAGAAGAGUUGAAUUAUGUCUUUGGUGUUUCGAGCAAGAAGCAUGCGAUUUACCAGCUGAAAGAAGUUCUGCCGUGGAUCUGGCGAUACUAUGCACGGAGAGAUAGGAACUGUCCAGAUUCGCCCCC